AUGGAUGCUGACAGCUCAGCAGUUAACUUCAGCAUCAGUCUGGAGGUUUCCAACCCUCUGAAGAUGUACGGCCUGUAUUUGGAAGCAGUGAACGAUUACAUUAAUGAAUCGUACGGGGAGGACGUGUGGAGACUGAUCGAGAACCGAGCAGAGAUACCCCACCUCAAGUUUGUCAGACAUCAGAUGUACAAUGACAACCUGAUCCUGCGGCUGGCAAAGGCAGCAGGCGAGGUUCUGGGAAAGACCCACGAUGAGCUGAUGUACGCCUUCGGGGUCUAUAUGGUCAAGCGGAUCGGAAACUACGGAUAUGAGCGGAUCCUAAAGGUGUUGGGGCGAAAUGUGCGCGACUUCAUCAACGAGCUGGACAACCUGCACGAGUACUUUCGCUUCUCCUUCCCGAAGGUGCAGCCGCCGAGCUUCUGCGUGGAGGAGGAGUGCGAGACGAGCCUCACGCUGCACUAUCGCAGCACCCGCAAAGGCUUCACUCAGUUCGUCAAAGGGCAGCUCUCUCAAGUGGGACGGCAGUUCUACAACACAGAUAUCGAAGUGGAAAUCCUGUCUAAAGAAGAAACCGAGAAGAUGACGUAUGUGGUUUAUAAAAUGAACUUCGACAACGCCGCCUUCAAACACCGCAUGCCCCAGCAGAAGACGGCGCCGAGCUACGAGAAGCUGCCAAUGAAGCGAGGUAUCUUUUUUGACAUGUUCCCCUUCAGCGUCAUCUUCCGCCGGGACAUGACCAUGUACCGCAUCGGCGACGGCCUCAAGGAGGUCUUCUCGGACCUCCAGGGCAAGAAGGUCAACGAGGAGUUCACUCUGGUCAGACCCAUGCUGGAGUUCAGCUGGGAUAACAUCUACACCCAUCUGAACAACGUGUUUGAGCUGCUGUCUAAAGCGGUGGUGGAGAGCAAGCAGAAGGUCAACAUCCCCAAACUGAAGCCAAAGGCGGUGGAGGAGAUGAAGGGCACGGACCAAGAGUACAGCAGCGCUCUCACCCAAUACAACAGCUCCGCAAACUCUGGAGGGGAAGACAUUGAACUGCUGGCAUUCCAGACUGUCACCGGAAAGUGUAGUGAGACCAUCUUUGAGGACAUGCGGGAGCCUCCAAAGAAACCGCUCCACCUGAAGGGCCAGAUGAAGUACGUCCCCCAGUGGGACUCCCUCAUCUUCCUGGGGACGCCCAUUAUAGAGACAGUGGAGGACAUGAUAAAAAUGGGUGUGUACGUGAAUGAUCUGAACCUGCACGACUCCAGCAGAGAGCUGAUUUUGGCCGGGACUCAACAAUCGGCUGAGCUGCAGCUGGCCCUCGAUCAGGAGCAACAAAAAUACGCUCAACUGCAAGAAAUCAUCAAGAAGCUGGACGAAGAGAAGAAAAGAGGAGAUUCUUUGCUGUACGCUAUGAUCCCUAAAGCGGUGGCUGACCGCCUCAGGAAGGGGAUCACUGCACUGGAGACGUGCCAGGUCUUCCCAGAUGUGACCAUCCUGUUCAGCGACGUGGUCAAGUUCAAUGAGAUCUGCAUCCACAUCACACCCAUGCAGGUGGUGGACAUGCUCAAUGAGAUCUACAUCGUGUUCGACACGCUCAGCGAGAAGCACAACGUCUACAAGGUGGAGACGAUUCGUGACGCCUACAUGGUGGUGGCGGGUGUGCCCAACAAAACCACCUUUCAUGCGCACCACAUCUGCGACAUGGCCCUGGACAUGCUGAGCUCCAUUGACCACCUUAAAGACCCCUCCACCGGAGAUAACAUCCAGAUCAGAGUCGGUAUUCACUCUGGUAUGGUGGUGGCUGGUGUGGUGGGUCUGAAGAUGCCUCGCUACUGUCUGUUUGGUGACACUGGCAUGCAGAUACACAUCAGUCAGACCACCAAAGACCACCUGGAACAUGAGCCCUACAUCAUUGAAGAGAGGGGUAAAAUCUUUGUAAAGGGUAAAGGCUACAUGAAGACCUACUGGCUGAAAGGAAAGAAAGAUCUAUCGUUCAAGACCCCGGCAGAGCUGCGCUACAGCAGCGAACAGAAAGACUCUGAGGACAAGAGCUCUAAUGGCUCCACAAGCACCAAUGCCAAGCGCAUGGCCUCCAACCUCCAAAUCACGAGCAGUGAGGAGCAAGCUGAAGGUAAGCCGAGCCCCAGCGACCUCCCCCUGGACACCCUGCCCCCACCAGAGGCCGCCAACGAGCCCCCCGCCCUUUCAACCGAGCCGCAGGAGAAGGACAAAGCCAAAAAGACUAGGAACAACAAGGGGGCCAAGCUGGAGGUGCCCCAGGGGAACGCAAUGCUGGAGUCUUCGCCGGCCGCCGACGGGCUGGAGAACCCGGGUCCGUUACUGAACAUCAAGAGAAACAGCUUCAGGCAGCAGUACGCCAAGCUGCCCACCAACCUGCCCAUGCGCAGCGCCGCCUGCUCCAUUCUGUGAGCAGAUGGUCGUGGCGUGAGAUUACAAGACGACUCCAACCCGUGACAAGGCCGGGACGCUGGAAACAUCACGACGCAGGCAGUUCAGCAUUUUCAACAUGAACGCCGACUGACGCACACCUUGAAUGUCAUCCCACAGGGUUUUCAGAGGUAUAGGCUUUUGUGACAUAUUGAAUAAAAAUAACAGUAAUAUGGCAACUUAAACUGAAGACCAACACUUUGAAACAUUUCCCACUAUGUAUUGUAUUCAUGCAUCAAAGGAUCUGCCUUGACUUCUUAUGAAUUCAGUUGGAUCAACACCACCAAUGCCCUGAAUAGAAUUUACAGGUUUCACAACACGCCUUCCUUAUGUUGCAUGUUUAAAAAAAAAAAAAAAGAGGAAGUGCGAUGUCCUCUGAACACAAACAGCUCACGCACAGAGAACCAGUAAACUUCAAAAUAGUACCACGGGUAACGGCAGCCAUCACAAUGAGUUCACUUCUGAUUUGCUUUGUGCUAUUUGCUGUAUGAUGUUGCAGCUACCAGCCAUUCAUGAAGUCACUGCAAUUACUGCUACAGAAAUCAUGUUCAAAUGUAUGCUGGCAACAAAUUACAGGAUGUUUUUGGGAAAUUGAAGCGAGCCAUUUUGUGACGGGGCUUACAUGAUUUUUAAGUGAGGCGGCAGCCUCCACAGAAAAACUAAUUGUAUGGAUGCCUCAUUUAAUUCACUGAGCAUAGACAUCAUCAGAGGUUGUAUUUUAUUUUGUUUAAAUUAGGCGUAUGGUAAUUCGGUAGGCACUUUGCUAGAC